AUGGCUUCCAACACCAAGGAUUCGUUGCUCUCGCGCCACUACAUCGACUAUGUCUAUAUCCCGGCCGUCCUCCUCGUCGUCGGCACCCUGAUUGUCAAGAGAGAUUGGGCUCCGUACUCUGUUGCCCUGGCGCUGGCGCUGGGUGCCUACAACUUUUGGAACUUCCAGAUCAAGAAGGUGCUCAAACCCGAUGUUUUCCAGGAAUUCGAGCUCCAGGAGAAGACGGUCAUCUCUCACAAUGUCGCCAUCUACCGCUUCAAGCUCCCCUCGUCCAAGUCCAUCCUCGGCCUCCCCAUCGGCCAGCACAUCUCGAUCGGCGCCCCUAUCAAGCAGGAAGAUGGCACCGUCAAGGAGAUUGUGCGCUCCUACACCCCCAUCUCCGGCGACCACCAGCCCGGCUACUUUGAUCUCCUGAUCAAGUCCUAUCCCCAGGGCAACAUCUCCAAGCACAUGGCGUCCCUCACGGUCGGCCAGGCCAUCCGCGUCCGUGGCCCCAAGGGCGCCUUCGUCUACACUCCCAACAUGGUCCGCCACUUUGGCAUGAUCGCCGGCGGCACGGGCAUCACCCCCAUGCUCCAGAUCAUCCGCGCCAUUGUCCGUGGCCGCCCCGACGGCGACAAGACGCUCGUCGACCUGAUCUUUGCCAACGUGACGCCCCAGGACAUUCUCCUGAGAGAGGACCUCGACGCCCUGACCAAGGACGACAGCGGCAUCCGCGUCCACUACGUCCUGGACAACCCCCCCGAGGGCUGGACCGGCGGCGUCGGCUACGUCACCGGCGACAUGAUCACCAAAUGGCUCCCCAAGCCCGCCGACGACGUCAAGAUUCUCGUCUGCGGUCCUCCCCCGAUGGUGAGCGGCUUGAAGAAGACCACCGAGAGCCUGGGAUACAAGAAGGCCCGUCCCGUCAGCAAGCUCGAGGACCAGGUCUUUGCGUUUUAA